AUGCUCACCGAUGCCAAGGCCUUCGCUCUCAGUGUCGCUGUGCUCUACAUCAAGUUCCUUGUUUGCACCAUGAUCCAAGGUCGCAAGGCCUUCGCCGCCGGAACUCGAAUGACUGAAGACAACAAGCUGCCGCAAGCCAAGAACGCGCCCAAGCAGGGAUCCGCAGACCCCACAGACGACCGCGUCCGGGCGGCAGUGCAGGAAGAGAUGCGCUGGAAACGGAUCAUCCAGAACGACCUCGAGUCCAUGCCCAUGGCGUUUAUCGUCUUCUGGAGCGGCAUCGGCGUCGGCGUGAGCUCUUCUCUAAUCCAGACGCUGCUGCUGGUCUACACUGUGGCCCGCAUCGGACACACAACCGUCUACUCCCUGAGUCUGCCGCACGCCCGCAUGAUCUUUUGGCUGAUUGGUAUGGUGUGCAUCGUCGUGGGUGCUUUGGCUGGUGUCCACGCUGCGCUGGCAUGA